AUGGGGAUGAUUUCAACUUUGGGUUUGUUCUUGACAUGCAUUGUAGCGAUUGCGAGUGCAGGUUCGCCAUCGCCAGGGUCGAAUGCGGGGGAUUGCUCGGAAGUGGUGUUCCAAAUGCUACCGUGCGUGGAUUACCUAACGAUUGGGAGCACGAAGGCGAAUGCCUCACUGGUUUGCUGCGAGGUGUUGAAAAAUGCGUUGGAGCCGAGACCCGAUUGUAUGUGCGAUGUGUUGAAGCAGAGCGACAAGAUGGGAAUUCAUUUGAAUAAUAGCAGAGCCAUUGCCCUUCCUGCCGCCUGCGGAAUCUCUACUUCUCUUCCCGAUUGCGACAUUGCUCUUACACAGGGUAUGGCUCCAGCGCCAAUUCCGAGUACGAAAGCGCCUACGCUGGCUCCACUUGCCAAGACGCCAACGCUGGCUCCACUUACCAGGACGCCAACGCCGGCUCCACUUACCAGGACGCCAACGCCGGCUCCACUUACCAGGACGCCAACGCCGGCUCCACUUACCAGGACACCAACGCCGGCUCCAGUUAUCAAGACGCCAACGCCGGCUCCAUUUACCAGGACGCCGACGCCGGCUCCACUUACCAAGACGCCAACGCCGGCUCCACUUACAAACAGCCCAACGCCGGCUCCAAUUACAAACAGCCCAACGCCGGCUCCAAAUAAUCAGGCUCCAUCACCGGCUAGAAAUAAUCAGGCGCCAUCACCGACUCCAACUACAGUUGCCUCAGUGCCGGCUCCAGUUAAUCCUCCAAUAGCAACACCGCCAGCACCACCGGCCCCCGAAGUAACACCUAGUAGCGACCUAGCACCGUCAAACGGACCAUCUGGUGAGGACUCGCCGAUGCCGACACCGUCGGCCGGUUCCCCAUAUUUUCCCAGUUCCAGUAACUUAAUUGUGCUGCUUCUCACCCUUCUCGCAUCAUUCAGAGCUUUGUAAUGCUCUUUUUUGGAAGUCAUCUUUUCCAAUUUUGAUCUAUUUUCAUCCUUUUUCUUUCCAAUUCAUCUUUUAAAAUUAGGAAAAUUUAAAAACGCAAAAAAGAAAAAAACAAGAGAAAAAAGAGAGAAGAGAUUAAUGUAUUUCUUUCCUUUUUAAAUAAAGUAGUUUUACUAUGUUGCUGGAGAUAUAUGGAAUCAAUAUAUAGAGAGUU